AUGACCGCGUUUCGGCGGUCCUUUGUCGCCACCACCACGCGACUCUCGCGGCGAAGCGCGUCCAAAGUGCUGGGCUCGGCCGACGAAGCUGUCGCUGACGUGCGCAGCGGCUCGACAUUGCUGAGCGCAGGUUUUGGCCUCUGCGGCGUCGCCGAAACCCUUAUCCAAGCGCUGAACCGCCGCGGUGCCGCGAACCUGCACUCUCUGACGGCUGUCUCGAACAAUGCCGGCAUCGAGGGUCUCGGCGGCUUGUCACUCCUCACCAAGGCUGGCCAGGUGAACCGGUUGGUGCUUUCGUACCUCGGCAACAACAAGGCGCUCGAAAGACGCUACCUCCAAGGCGAGCUCGCCAUCGAGCUGUGUCCGCAGGGCACCCUGGCAGAGAGGCUUCGCGCCGCCGGUGCCGGCAUCCCGGCAUUUUAUACCCCCACAGGCGCGCAUACGCUCCUUGAACAGGGGAAGAUUCCGAUACGCGUCGACGGCGACGGCGGCGUGCUCGAGCCUGGAAGGCCCCGCGAGCGGCGCGAUUUCGACGGCCGGUCUUUCCUCCUCGAGUCGGCCUUGGCGGGCGAUGUGGCCAUCCUGCGCGCCUGGAAGGCCGACACCGCCGGCAACUGCGUCUUUCGCUACACGACCAAGGCUUUCGGUCCACUCAUGGCCAAGGCCGCGCGUCUCACCAUCGUCGAGGCCGAGAAGAUCGUCGACGUUGGCGAAAUUCACCCGGACGCCAUCGACCUGCCUGGCAUCUUUGUCGACCGCGUAGUGCCUGCGACGGCGGAGAAAAAGAUCGAGGUGCUGCGGACUCGCGAAGACUCGGCCGGCUCCAGCACCGUAUCCAGCUCCGGGCCGGAAUCCGAAUCCGAUGCGCGGCAGGCACAGCAGCUUCGCCGCCACCGCAUCGCUCGGAGGGCCGCGCACGAGCUUAAGCAGGGUUACUACGUCAACCUCGGCGUCGGCAUCCCCACGCUGGCCGCCACUUUUCUGCCGGCCGACCGCAUCGUCUGGCUGCAGUCGGAGAACGGGAUUCUCGGGAUGGGCCCCUAUCCGACCCUCGAAGAGGUCGACCCGGACAUUGUCAACGCCGGCAAGGAGACGGUGACGCUGGUCCCCGGCGCCUCGUGUUUCGAUUCGUCCGAGUCCUUUGGCAUGAUUCGCGGCGGCCACGUCGACGUGUCCAUCCUCGGGGCCCUCCAAGUCAGCGCCGGCGGCGACCUUGCCAACUACAUGAUUCCAGGCAAGGUCUUCAAGGGCAUGGGCGGCGCCAUGGAUCUCGUGGCCAACCCGGACGAGACGAAGAUUGUCGCCGCCACCGAGCACGUGGCCAAGGAUGGCUCGAGCAAGAUUGUGCAAAAGUGCCGCUUGCCCCUGACGGGUGCGCGCUGCGUCAGCACCAUCAUCACCGACCUCUGCGUCUUUCAGGUGGACCGCAAGAAGGGCCAGAUGACCCUCACGGAACUGGCGCCAGGCGUUGGCGUCGACGAGGUACGCAGCAAGACGGAGGCCGACUUUGCCGUGGCGGAGCAUGUGACGGCGAUGGAGUAG